GUAACAUUUGAUGGUCUUCCAACUAAUGCAUGCAUGCGAGAUUAGCUUCAUUUCUCUUUAGUAGGAGAGGGUUUUGGAAUAAUCACCUGGGAACACAAGACUGAUUGUUUUCUAGGUAAAUAAAGUUCUGAAGAUGGAGGCAGACAUGAGUUUACAUUUCAUUGAUCAUAGAGAGACAAAGGAGAGCUUUCCUGAGAGGCAAAAAGUUCAUUCCCCAGACAAAAAGAAAAUAUUUGUUAUGGAAGAAGUGAAAAAUGAUAUGAAUGGUAAUCCAGAUGUGAUAAAGAACAAACAGGAUACAGAAGUUGAGAAAGAUGAAUCUGAAGUUUUGUUGGAAGAGCUUCGUCGUUCAGAUAGUACUAUAGGGAAGGAGAAUAAAGUUCAUAUAUCCCAGGCCCUGGAAGAUUCAGGGUUUGAGGAGAAGGAAAGUAGGCCGGAAGUGGAGCCAAUCAGUGGGAAGAGUUGUGAGGAUAGAAAUGUUACAACCUUGUCAGAACAUAAAGAGAAUACGAAAAAGUCUGACUCCUUGUAUGAAUUUACUAGUGCCUCAUCCAUGUUCUUGUCGAAUGAAAAAGUCAACAAAGGUGCUGAAACUUCAACCAAAGAGAAGAAAGAUGAUGUAGUGUCCGAAUCCAGUGAACUUGUUCAGUCUCCUCUGUCUUUGCAAUCAGAAAUGAUCAAACAAAGUCUUCAGAAGAAUCAAUUUAGCUCACCUGAUCAGAAGCAUUCAUCUCCUGGACUUGAUGAUUCCAGUGUUUCCAUUGAGGAAGAUGAGGAAAAAGUCAUCAUACAUUUAGAUUCAAAGCUGAAUGAGUCUGUCAGUGGCAGUUGUGAGGUUCCUCCUCUAUGUCCAGUAGAAGUAGAGAGAAAGUUCAAGGUCACUGCAGAUACCAAGAUCAAACUGGUAGAAAUUGGUGCUGAACUCCACAAGGAGAAAGUCUUUUUUGACAAGUACUAUGAUAAUCCCGAUUAUGCCCUCACUCUGAAGGAUUGUUGGUUAAGACAAAGAAAUGGAUCUUGGGAAUUGAAGGUUGUAAAUGGACGCCUUACAAAAUUUUCUACGCAAUAUCAAGAAAUUACAAACUAUAAUGAAAUAGUAGACUUUCUAGUCAAUCAUUUCCGUAGAGAAGACCUCGGUGAUGCACCGAUUGACCAAGUGAUACAGAAGCUAGAUUUAGUACCAUUUGUGGAAUUCACAACAACCAGACAAACCUACUUCCUCCCAGAAUGUACCAUUGACCUAGAUCUGACAGGAUUUGGAUACCAGGUUGGAGAGAUUGAGGUCAUGGCAUCAGACAAAUCACAGAUUCCAAGAGCCUUGGACACAAUCACCUCAGUGGCUGAAAAACUAGGAUUUGAAACUUUUCAGAUGUAGAAGGAGUUAAAAAAUAAACAUGUCGCACCAAGAAGUGAAACAGGUUUAAAUAAAGAUACAGUCUGUGCAGGAAAAGUCUCACACUACUUGUAUGAAAAGAAUCGCCAUUUAUAUGAACGAUUAGUAGAUAGUGGUGCAGUAACACCUAUUGGCUAGCUGUUGUAGACAAAAUACGCUAAAAAAUGUACAUGUAUAACAUUUAUCUAUUAUUGGCCUGCUUUGAUAUACAGUAUGUUGUAGCUCAAUUAUAUUGUACUUAAAGUUGUAACACUGACAGAUUUGAAUUCUUUUUAAAUGAAUUAGGAUUAAAGUAUAAGGUCAUUGUAAAUAUCUGAUUUUUGCCAUUGGUUGUUCACUUACAUGUAUUUCAGUUUAUAACUGAAUUGUUGAUUUUGUUAUACAGUGUAAUUGAAGAAUACUUUGUUGAUUUA